CUGGGUGGCAAAUUACUCCAUUCGAAAACUAUUUCUAUGGCUGCGACCAAAGACGUCCUUUUCCGCAAAGGUACAAUCAGGCCGGCGGCCAUUUUCUCUACUGUCGUCAUAUAUUGGAGUUGGAGAUCGUUGAAAGAUGCCGUCAGUGACACUUAAGGAUGUUGAUCAACAUAAAUUUGUGAAGGCGUUUUCUGCCUUCUUAAAAAAGACAGGCAAGAUGAAGGUGCCAGACUGGGUGGACAUUGUGAAGAGUGGAAGGUACAAGGAGUUGGCUCCAUAUGACCAAGACUGGUACUACACCAGGUGUGCAGCCAUCGUUAGGCACAUCUAUUUUCGAUCUCCCGUUGGAGUAGGUGCAGUCACCAAGAUGUUUGGAGGUCGCAAGAGGAACGGUGUGUGCCCAGCACACUUCUGCCGCUCUGCAGGUGGUGUGGCCCGCAAGGCACUACAAUCUCUUGAAAACCUGAAGCUGAUAGAGAAGUGCCCUGACGGUGGGCGCAAAAUCACUGUACAAGGCCGCAGGGACUUAGAUCGUAUCGCUGCCCAAGUGAGGCAGAAGAAGAAGCAGCAGCAACUGCUGCUGGCCCAGCAGGCUGGUAUCUCAGUGCAAGCUCCUGCAGCAGCAGCAGCAGCAGCCCCCGCUCCAGCUGCUGAUGCACCAGCUGAUGGCAGUUGGUCACAAAUGUAAAGUUUUAAAAUAAAAUUGUUAUAAAAACUGA